AUGCCAUCGUCUGGCUCACAGGCACGCUUGGAGAGCGUCAGAUCGCAUCUGACGAGCGGCGAUGUCGCUCACGAGGGCCCUUUCCGGGCUGCUGAUUGGCCAUCUGACUUGCCAGUCAACUACUCGCCGCUCAAUCCAGUGACGUUUCUGCUCCGUUCAGCAUCAGUGUAUCCCAACAAGGAAGCCAUCUGGUAUCCGGAGAAGCAGCAGAGCUUCACGUUUGCGCAAUUUGCAAGGAGGGUCAGCUACUUGGCUUACGCGCUCAAGGACGCGGGCAUCUCGACGGGCGACAGAGUCGCUGUUCUCGCACCCAAUACGCCCACUAUCGCUACUGUCCUACAAGCUGUGCCUGCUGCACGUGCCAUUGUAUCUCCGAUCAACAUCAGACUCGCCAAGGACGAUGUGGACUACAUACUGGAAUUCUCUGGUGCCAAGCUCGUCGUGGUCGAUCACCAAUUUGCCCAUCUCGUCGAAGGAACGUCUGCAAAAGUCGUCGUCUGCAAGGGUGAAGCCGGUGAUGCCUUUGAGACUAUGCUUGCGCGCGGUCGCGAGAUCAGCUUGAAGCAACGAGGCUGGCAAGGCCUUGAGCUAGAGGCAGACGAGCACCGCAGCAUCUCCCUCAACUGGACUAGCGGCACGUCUGGCAGACCGAAAGGCGUGCUCACAUCGCUCAGAUCGACUUACCUGGCUGCCUUGUCAAAUGCGCAUGAAACCAACCUGAGGCCAGAGUCAUCGUAUUUGUGGACGCUGCCACAAUUUCAUUGCUCCGGCUGGAAGUUCCCUUAUGCUUGUCAAGCUGCCAUGUGCCGACAGAUCUGCAUACGAGGCGUCGGGACGUAUGACGAAAUUCACGAUAUGCUGGCCCGAAACCAAGUCACUCACUUUUGCGCCGCGCCUACCGUCUGCAUUAGUCUCGUCAAUCAUCCCAAGGCGCGCAGACUGGAGCGACCUGUAAAGGCCAUGCUGGCCGGCGCAGCUCCUACAGCGUCGCUCAUCAAGAAGAUGGAGGACAUCAACAUUCUCGUCAUCUCCUCGUACGGUCUCACAGAGACGCUCGGGCCGGUCACUAUCAAUUAUCCUCUGCCAGAACACGAUGACCUCGACGAUGAUCUGCGCUACACACUCAGAGCCCGUCAAGGGCAGUCUUUCCUCAACGCGGACGAAGCCCGAGUCGUCAAAGUCGUCGAGGGAGGUGAUCCUGACUUCGGUCCAUUCGAGGAAAUUGCAUCAGACGACAAGGAGAUCGGCGAGGUCACCAUACGGGGCAACAUCGUCAUGCAAGGCUACUACAACAAUAAGAAGGCAACAGACAAGGCUUUCGCCGGUGGAUUCUUCCAUUCUGGCGACCUUGCAUCGCGAGGCCCGGAUGGUGUGAUCCAUAUCAAAGACAGAGCGAAGGACAUCUGCAUCUCGGGCGGCGAGAACAUCUCCACUCUGGCUGUCGAGAAUGCUCUGGCUGGUCACGCGGACGUGUUAGAGGUCGCCGUGAUAGCCAAAAAGGACGAAAAGUGGGGAGAGCGGCCUUGCGCUAUCGUCGUCCUGCGGGACCCGAAGAGAUGGCCAGACCAUGCUGCUUUCGAGACUGAGCUCAAAGCGUACGCAAAAACAAAGCUUUCUGGCUAUGCGCGCCCUCAUGUCGUCAUCAUCGUGCCCGAACUGCCCAAAACGUCAACAGGCAAGAUCCAGAAGGUCAAGCUGCGUCAGGAGUACGCGUAA